CGCAAGUUCGGCUAAACAGAUCGACACCUCUCAGUGCAAAGUCUUCCAUUCUAUUCAGUCAGUAUUUUCCAUUACCACAGAACUGUGAUGGAUACGUUAAAAAUAAUUUUGUUAACACUUUUUGCGUUUGGUGGCUAUGUUAAGGCCGACAAGGUGGUGUGUUACUAUGACAGCAGAUCAACCCUCAGAACAGGUCAAGGCAAAUUUGAAUUGCCAUUCUUGGAACCAGCGCUCCAGUUUUGCUCCCAUUUAGUCUACGGUAGUGCGGGCAUAAACCCAGAUAACAACAAAUUGGUUCCUCUCAACGAACAGUUGGACAUCAACAAGGACAACUACAGACAUGUCACGGAAUUGAAGAGAAGAUUCCCCGGACUUAGAGUCCUUCUUUCAGUUGGUGGAGGCAAUGAUGUUUCGGGAGAAGGCAGCGAAAAGAACAUGAUUUACAGGACUGUGUUAGAAUCAGUCGACCAUCGCCUAUCUUUCAUUAAUUCCGCUAAAGAUGUCGUCAAACAUUAUGGAUUUGACGGCCUGGAUCUCGCCUGGGAAUUCCCUGAGACUAAACCAAAGAAAAUUCGCAGCAGCUUCAAAAGUUUUUUCGUCAACUUGAAACAUAAAAUUGUGGGAGAAUCAGUGAUUGACGAGAAGGCAGACGAACAUAAAGAACAAUUCACAACUUUGGUCAGAGAAAUAAAAAAUUCCUUUAGACACGACGGUCUUUUGUUGACACUCUCUGUGCUUCCAAACGUCAACAGCACAGUGUACUAUGACCCUCGCCAGAUUGCCCCCAAUGUAGAUUUCGUGAUCCUACACCCCUACGACUUUUAUAAUCCUGAGCGUAAUCCAAAAGAAGCCGACUAUUCUGCUCCUCUGUAUGAGUUGAUCGACAGAAAAGUCGAUGAAAAUGGAGAUUAUCAAGUUAGAUAUUGGAUACAGAACGGUUGCCCAAGCAACAAGGUAAUUUUCGGCAUUUCAACGUACGGAAGAGCAUGGAAAAUGGACGACGACUCUGGCCUAACUGGAGUACCUCCUCUUCCCAUAGACGGCCCAGGCGAGGCAGGACCUUAUACAAAUGAAGCGGGACUCCUGAGUUAUCCUGAAAUAUGCACCAAAAUAGCCACUCCAAACGAAAUCCAAGCCGGCUAUCUCGGAAAGCUUAGGAAAAUAAAUGACCCCACUAAGAGAUACGAAUUUUGGAAUGUUUCCGAUAGCGAUGUUACAAAGCGUUAUGGCACAUACGCCUUCCGUCUACCCAAAGACGACAAAGAGGGCAUCUGGGUAUCUUUUGAAGACCCUGACACAGCAGGCCAUAAAGCUAGUUAUGUCAAGGCUAAAGGUUUAGGUGGAGUUGCCAUCGUUGAUGUCACACUGGAUGACUUCCGUGGCCUUUGCACUGGUGAUAAAUAUCCACUUUUGAGAGCUGCUAAAUUCAGACUGUAAACUGAUUAAUGUUUUUUCAACUUUAUUUUAUAUUAAAAAAAGUACAUAUGGAAGUAGAGUUGUGUUUGUAAUUUUUGCUUAGUUUAAAAUAAUUUAAUAAACUGUGUGUUGUGUUCA